UGCUCUAUUGACGAUUCCCACUCAGUUCAUUCCGAUUGCUUUUGGGCGCACACACUCAAAGCACAAACGAAUUAAACACUUUCGCAUUUAAUUCUUCAUAACAAAUGGCGGGUCGAGGCAAAACUCUUGGAUCCGGAGCUGCAAAGAAGUCUACGUCUAGGAGCAGCAAGGCGGGGCUCCAAUUCCCUGUUGGUCGUAUCGCCCGUUUUCUCAAGGCCGGGAAGUACGCCGAACGUGUCGGUGCCGGUGCUCCUGUCUACCUCGCCGCUGUCCUCGAGUAUCUCGCUGCUGAGGUGCUGGAAUUGGCUGGGAAUGCAGCAAGAGACAACAAGAAAACUAGAAUUGUUCCAAGGCACAUUCAGUUGGCGGUGAGGAACGAUGAGGAACUAAGCAAGCUUCUUGGUGAUGUGACCAUUGCCAAUGGUGGAGUGAUGCCUAACAUUCACAACCUUCUGCUUCCAAAGAAGACCGGUGGUUCAUCGAAGCCCUCUGCUGAUGAAGAUUAGAUGAAGUGAAAGGGAAGGACAGAGAGGAUUUGAACCGUUGUCUUUGACAUCACAAAGUUGGACCAUGGGAGUGUUAGAUUAAUUAGGUUUUUGGUUCUCCGUUUUUUCUUUUUCCCCUCAAAUUUUUUUUUUUCUUUAUUAGUAAAUGUAAAAUUUUAUUGAUCAAAGUUUAUGUACAAGUACAUUGGGUAUCAAAAUCAAGUGAUUCAUAGCAAAAGAUUCAGAUUGAAUCAAAACAUUUUGAUAUAAAGAAAACAUGACUUUAUAUA